AGAUGAGCGGGGAGGGACUGGAACCACUGCAACGAGGGCGACCGCUCCAGCAACACCAGCCGUAACGCGAGGACGUCUCUCCCCGCCCAUCUGUUGCAUAUGCAUAUGCAUAAGCCUGCAAUCCUCUUCUAGGCCGCGGCAGGACCUUCCCCCAUGCUUAGAUUUAUUGGGGGGUUGUCCUCGGCGGUGCCUGAUAAAAAUUCGACCGAAUUCUGGCGCGCCGACGUGGCAUUUCCAGAGGGGCGAAGACAGGCCGAAUCAGAUCUGUGUUGGCCGUAAGGGAAUGUUCCAUACUGUGAGAGGGAUAGCAUCAGAUGCACCGUGACAGCAGGCAAGGAGAGGGGUAACCUGCCUCGGGUCCUACGUGGGCAGUUGGUGGGUCCUACGACAAGUGACAGACGCAGAGAGGGAGCCCGAGCGCCACGGAGAGUCGCCCGAAGGAGGCCGCGGAGCGCCAUGGCGAUGAGCGCAGGUAACGAGGCAAGGCGGGGGCUGCGAGAGUGAGGGGGCGAGCCGUAUCCAGGGCAAGCCAAGGGGAGAAGACGCUCCUCUGUCUCCCCCGUCAAACCGGAAGACUUCCUCGUACACUGCCACCCAGUCUUAUGAAGCCUGCUCAUCUGAUUUCUGAAGCAUUGAAUGCAGAGAGGAGGAGUUCCACGCUGUCGCUUUGGGUCUACUGCCAUCACUGUGACGCCCUGAUAGCCAGACACCAUGUACUGCCUCCAGUGGUUACUGCCUGUUCUCCUCAUCCCAAAGCCCCUCAACCCAGCCUUGUGGUUCAGUCACUCGAUGUUCAUGGGCUUCUACCUACUGAGUUUCCUGCUGGAGCGGAAACCUUGCACAAUCUGUGCCUUGGUCUUCUUGGCCGCCUUGUUCCUCAUCUGCUACAGCUGCUGGGGGAAUUGCUUCUUGUAUCACUGCUCUGGCUCCCAACUGCCUGACUCUGCUCAUGAUCCCAACAUAGUUGGCACCUAAAACCUUCACCUUGGUUGCAAGCUCCUUGUUUGGUUUUCUUUCUUUCUAAGGGACGGUUUUAUGGGAAGGAGGGAUUAGGAGGCAUGUGAUUGGAGUACAAGCAACCUGUUUUGUAUGUCUACAUUAAAGUGUUUCCUUCAUGAGCACCUGACCUCCCACAAUCUGCCUGUAAAAUUUGACAAAAGCGGUUUAUGGUGAUAACUCUGGUGUUGCUGUCUGAUUCGGAGUUUGAAGCAGAGCCAGAGUGGCACACUCUCCCCUCCCCCCCCCCUUCCCUUGGCCUUCUGUAUUAUCUGAAGUUGGUCCUUCCAUUUGUGACUUUCUGGUGAAGAGACCUGUUGUAUGGAGUAUUGCCCAAUGCUGGAGCUGCAAUUGCCUGAACGCUUGUCUUGAUGAGGCUGCGGCCAUAAGCCCUCUGGAACUUGUGUCCUCUGGUCUUGUCAAAACAGCUGGAAAGCCUUCUCUCCAUCUUGCUUUUGAUGAGUGUGGUCCCGAACAUCUGAAGGGGAAGUUACAAAUGGUGAAUAAGCUUGACAGCUGCUGGAGCCAGAUUCCUCUCAGCAGGACAAACUAGACUGCGCACACUGCUUGAGUGCUUUCCAAACUACUUAUCCGCCUAGAUCAUCGUUCAAAAAUCCCGAAGUCGUCAUGAUGCCACUUUUACAGCACAGAUGCUGAAAAUUGUCUUGCCUCUCCUUCUCCCCCCUCCCCUGCCCUCAGCCAAAGACCCACUGUUUACAAAGGUCUUAGUUGGGAAGAAAGCAUGCUCUGCUGUAAUGUUUGGGGAUCCCUUUCAUUAUUUUAUUUGUUGUUGAAUUUUAAACUCUCAGUGUUUCUAACUUGGAAACAAGCAUACAGAGUGUGGGUAGUGGAGAUGGAAUAUGCUAGGCCUGACAUGGGAGGCAGAGGUUGCUUUUGCAUACAAAAUUGGAGCUGUCUCUUGAGUGAUGUGGUAUGCUGCUUUUCUUUUUCUUUUCUUUUCUUCUCCUUUUGAGGCCAAGUAUUAUUAUUGUCUCAUCAGAAGUAAAUGAGGAAGGAAACAAGCAACAAAUAGUUGGGAAGCCUUUUUCUGGCAUCUGGACUGUAGCAUUAUUAUUCCCACCCCCAUUUUAGCUUUCACUUGCUUGCACAUCAGUAACUUCUAGAGAUCUCUCUAGUCUUCGUUCCCUUUCAGAAGUUUACUUCUAUGAAACAUAAGCAAGUCCUUUGGGGGUGACAGGCACACUUUUUUCUGUAGGUUACCUCCCCACCACCACCACCACCCAUUCAGCUCUGCACAAUCUUCCCCUGGAGGACCAUCGCAGAAAAGGCUCUUCUCUCACAAGGGAGCUGAAACUGAGAAACCAUUCGUGAGACCUCCACUGAGAAUUUUUAUUUUUUGUUGGUUCAUUGCACAGCUGUUCAAAAGGUUUAAUAAAGCUUUAUAAAGUUU